GUUUUCUUUCUCCCCGACAGCAAAAUGGCCAAGAUGUACACGUCAGAGGCGGCGAUGGUGGUGAUGCUUGGUGUGCUUUUAGGAGGCACGGUGGCCAUUCCUUCGCGUGUGGCCAACAGGAUGAUCCCGAGUUGGUGGCUGACGGCUCGAACUCAGAAAUCCUGCGUGUCUUGGUCCGACUGCAACGUGGACGAGUGCUGCGCCCGCCCUAUGCUGUCAUCCAACUCGUACUGUCUGCCGUUCAAGUCCGAGGGGGAAACGUGCGAUGCCUCCGCUAUGCUGUUGGAUAUCCAUAAUGAGGUGUUCUUCGACCACUGCCCCUGCGAGACCCACCUGACCUGCGCCAAGAUGCAUUCUCAGACCGUCUGCGUCGACCCAGCUUCCCUCUCUCGCAUGACCCCGCGUCCUUCCCCACAGCCUCUGCCCAUUAAGCUGUAGAGCAUGACCUUUGACCUUCCGUGUCAAGGUUCCAGCCGUGACCUAGUCUUUUUGCUGAUUUUUUUCGGGGUGGGGUCUUAAGAGAGGGAGGGGGGGGUUCUCUGAUUUUUUUUUUUUUUUGUC